UUUCUAGUACAUUCCCAUUAGUGAUGGAAGGGAUGUGUGGAAAGUGGAAUCAAACUACUAGAACCACCUUGCACAUGCACAUUAAAGAGGUGGGCACUUUUAUUGACUCUGAAAAUUGCAUUUACUACACAUCAAUUUUUGUACUAAAUCAUGACACACCAUUUGCCAUUUAUGCCUAGUCAAACUUGUUGGCUUACUAUUUUCAUUUUCAAUUUUAAAACAAAAAAACCAAACUUCCUAAAACCUUAUCCUCAACUCCAAAUCUCUUAUUAAUACACUUCACUCACUUACCUUUUGAGUUUUAUUCUAUUUCUUUCAUUCUCAAAUCUCUUCUAAGAAAAAUAGUAUGAAGCUCUUCCUCACCACCACCUUUCUCAUCUUUUUUACCACCCUACUACCCCUUAAUGCCAAUGGGGCCAAAUGCCACGUGGACGACGAAUCGAGUCUAUUAGGUUUUAAAUCUAGCAUCAAAUCUGACCCGUCAUCCAUGCUGAAAUCAUGGAUAUCAGGUACAGAUUGUUGCACUUGGGCAGGUGUAGGAUGCAUAUUCGAUAACAAACGGGUCUCGAGCUUGUCCUUAUCGGGCGAUCUCGAAAAUCCGAAAAGUUAUUUAUCUGGUACGAUCUCACCUUCACUCUCAAAACUCCAAUACUUGGACGGACUCUACCUCCAAAAUCUCCAAAAUAUUUCGGGUCCUUUUCCGGAUUCUCUUUUCAAGAUACCAAAUCUUCAAUUCAUUUACAUUGAAAAUAACAAACUUUCGGGUCAAAUACCCGAAAACAUAGGCAAAAUGACCAAAUUAGGAGCUUUGAGUCUAGAAGGAAACCGAUUCACGGGAACGAUUCCAAGUUCAAUAUCUGAGUUGACUCAGUUAACUCAGUUGAAACUCGGUAACAAUUUUCUCACGGGAACGAUUCCAGAACUCAUUAAAAACCUUAAAAAUCUCACUUUUUUGAGUCUCAAAGGAAACCAACUCAGUGGUAACAUACCAGAUUUUUUCUCUUCUUUUACAAACCUUAGAAUUCUCGAACUUUCCAACAACAAAUUUUCCGGGAAAAUUCCACCUUCAAUUUCAUCUUUAUUUUCAAAUCUAAUGUACCUUGAGUUAGGACACAAUUCACUUUCCGGGAAAAUCCCAGAUUUUCUAGGAAAAUUCAAAGCUUUAGACACAUUGGAUCUCUCAAAAAACCAAUUUUCAGGAACAGUACCAAAGAGUUUUGCAAACUUAACAAAAAUCUUCAACCUUGAUCUCUCUGACAAUUUUCUCGUUGACCCAUUUCCUUUAAUGAACGUUAAAGGCAUCGAAUCAUUGGAUCUAUCAAGAAAUAUGUUUCAUUUGAAGGAAAUUCCCAAAUGGGUCACUUCAUCUCCAAUUAUUUUCUCUUUGAAACUUGCAAAUUGUGGAAUAAAGAUGAAACUUGAUGAUUGGAAACCUUUGGAGACUUAUUUCUAUGAUUUUAUUGAUCUUUCUGGGAAUGAAAUUUCAGGAAGUGUUGUUGGAUUGUUGAAUAAGACAGAGUAUUUGGUUGAGUUUUUGGGUUCUGAGAAUUUGUUGAAAUUUGAUUUGGAAAGUUUAAGGUUUGGGAAUAGGUUGAAGAGUUUGGAUUUGUCACAUAAUUUGGUGUUUGGAAAAGUUACAAAAAGUGUUGUUGGGAUUCAGAAGUUGAAUGUUAGUUAUAAUCAUCUUUGUGGUGAGAUUCCUAAGAAUAGUUUUGAUGCUAGUGUUUUUGUUGGAAAUAAUUGUUUGUGUGGUCCUCCUUUAUAUCCAUGCAAAGCAUAGAGAUUUCAUUGUAUUUUAAAGAGUUUGAGCUAUGUGGUUGGUUUUAUAUCUUCACCAUGUUUUUGGGUUCCUUUAAGUAUUUUAAAGGAUAAAUAAGUGGAAAGGCAUGUAUAGAGAGUCUUGUACGCGAGAGCGACAACGAAUUAAAUAUUUUAAGAUUAUAAGAAACUUUGACAUUAUAUUUUCAUA